CGCGGCGCAGAGCGGAGGAUGCUGCGGGCGGGGGCCGCCGCCGUCAGCCCCGGUGCCGGUGCCGGUCCCGGGCGGGAGGGCACCCCGCCGCAUCCCGCCCGCUGAGCCCCGGCCCGGCCAUGGGGGCUCUGACCAGCCGGCAAAACGCGGGGGUGGAGGAAGUGGAUAUCCCCGCUAAUUCCGUCUACAGAUACCCCCCGAAAUCCGGGAGCUACUUUGCCAACCACUUCAUCAUGGGUGGCGAGAAGUUCGACUCCACGCACCCCGAGGGUUACCUCUUCGGCGAGAACAGCGACCUCAACUUCCUGGGGAACCGGCCGGUGGUGUUCCCUUACGCUGCUCCACCUCCUCAGGAACCCGUGAAGACCCUCAGGAGCUUAAUCAACAUCCGCAAGGACACCCUGCGCCUGGUCAAGUGCUCGGAGGAGGUGAAGACCCCGGGGGAAGAAGUCAGCAAAGCCAAGGUGCACUACAACGUGGAGUUCACCUUCGACACGGACGCCCGGGUGGCCAUAACCAUCUACUACCAGGCGAGCGAGGAGUUUCACAACGGGGUGGCAAGCUACAUCCCCAGGGACAACAGCCUGCAGUCGGAGACCGUGCACUACAAGCGCGGGGUGUGCCAGCAGUUCUGCGUGCCCUCCCACACCGUCGACCCCUCUGAGUGGAGCGAGGAAGAGCUGGGCUUCGACCUGGACCGGGAGGUGUACCCCAUGGUGGUGCACGCGGUGGUGGAUGAAGGAGAGGAGCACACUGGGCACUGCCACGUGCUGCUGGCCACCUUUGAGAAGCACAGCGACGGCACCUUCUGCGUGAAGCCCCUCAAGCAGAAGCAAGUGGUGGAUGGUGUGAGCUACCUCCUGCAGGAGAUCUACGGCAUCGAGAACAAGUACAACACGCAGGACUCCAAGGUGGCUGAGGACGAGGUGAGCGAUAACAGCGCCGAGUGCGUCGUCUGCCUCUCGGACGUCCGUGACACCCUCAUCCUGCCCUGCCGACACCUCUGCCUCUGCAACACCUGCGCCGACACCCUGCGCUACCAGGCCAACAACUGCCCCAUCUGCAGGCUGCCUUUCCGAGCCUUGCUGCAAAUCCGAGCAAUGAGGAAAAAGCUGGGUCCCCUCUCGCCCACCAGCUUCAACCCCAUCAUCGCCUCGCAGACCUCCGACUCCGAGGAGCACUCGUCCUCGGAGAACAUCCCCCCGGGCUACGAGGUGGUGUCGCUGCUGGAGGCCCUCAACGGGCCGCUGACGCCCUCACCGGCCGCCCGGCCGCUGCGUGCGCUGGGGGACCCCCCGGGCACGGGGACCCUGCCCUCCUAUGGCAGCGACGGACCCCUGCCCCCCCUGCGGGCCCUCUCGCCCCUCGAGCGCCUCCCCGACUGCGGCCCCCCGGGGCUGAAGCUGAAGAAGAGCCUCUCCAAGUCCGUCUCGCAGAACUCCUCCAUCCUGCCCGAAGAGGAGGAUGAGAAGUCGUGCACCGAGUCGGAGCUGAGGGUCCCCAGGAGGAGAUCCCCUGCCCGGCGUGAGGAGGAAUGUGGCGCGACGCCGGAGAGCGAAAACCUCACCCUGUCAUCGUCGGGAGCAAUCGACCAGUCCUCGUGCACUGGGACCCCCCUCUCCUCCACCAUCUCUUCCCCAGAAGCGGCCCCGCUCAGCCCCUUCUCUCCCCCAGAGCCCGUCAGCAGCAGCCUGGCUCAGUCCGUCAUGUCCAUGGCCUCCUCCCAGAGCCAGCACUCCCAGCUCAGCACCGACACCGUGUCCUCCAUGUCUGGCUCCUAUGUCGCUCCUGGCACGGAGGAGGAGGAGGGGGACAUGCUCCCCUCACCCGCAGCCGCCAGCGCCACAGCCUCCGAUGGAGAGUCAACACCUGUGGAGUCCCCGGAUAUAAACUUUGUCAGCAUCUCGGCUGAGGAGCGCGAUGCCGAGGGCAACGACGUGCUGGAGGACGAGGACGCCUCUCCCACGCAGGAAGACGGCCCGAGGACAGGCGCUUUCCUCGGUCUGAGGUGUGACAAUAACAAUGACUUGGGCAUCGCACACGUGAAAGCGCUGGACAAUAAACUGUGCUCUGAGGCCUGCUUACCUGCUGCCGUGCCGGACUCCUGCCCCAUUAACAUUGAGGAAUAGGCCCGGAGGCAGCCAACAACAACGUGCGGCUCCCGCGGCAGGCACCCUGGCCCCGCCGCCCCCCCGGCACCCGAGACCUGGAGCAGGCAGCGGCUGCCCUGCCCGUGUGAGGGCUCAGCCUCAGCGGGGGCACGUGCCCCCCGGCCCACCCGGAGGGACCCUGGCGUCUGGGCACCGCGGGCAUCGCCACCUCCAUCCCUCGGCUGUAGCGGGACCGAUUUUUGAAAGAAAAGACGGUAACCUCGACUUGUCCUCCCCGGCCCCCCUGUGCAGAGGGGGGUCAAGAGCCACAUCACCUUGCAGCCCCCAUCAGCACCUUCCCGUCCUCUGGCCCUGAUGGGGACAGGCUGGGGUCCCCUCCUGCCCCCGAUCAUCUCACACGCCCCAGGCUCCUCUCCUCCAGCGUGCAGAGCAGUGCCCAGGGGGAUGGGACGGGGUCACCCCACAAAGGGGGUCCUGGGAUGGGGCCAGAGGGGGACAAUGGGAUGAGGGUGCCCAGGGAUGGGGGUUAAGGAUGAGUGUUGGCAUUGGCAUCCUCAGUGCAUGAGCCAGUGACCUUCAUGGGGGGCUGGCCCCCCCCCAAGUUUGCUGGCCCGUGCCCCUGCUGUGCCGUGGGAUGUCCCCAUUAAUGCACUGGCGGUGAUGGUGACCCCCCAGCUCCCCCCCACUCCGCUCUCCUCCUGGGCAGCGCAGGGGCUCUUGGGCCGGGCCCGCGAGGUUGCUUUUCCCCAGGGGAUGGAGCGGGGUGGCAGGGGUGGGCAGGGGACCUGGUCCCCCCCCAGUCACCCGCCCCCGGGGCAUCGCUAAUUUAACCUCACUGUCUUCCACCCCGCUGUGAGCUCGGGGCUCGGGGCUGUGCCCUCUCUCUGGAACAAGUGCCAAAAGCGUCACCCCCCGUCCCACCCGUCCUGCCCUGUCCAUCGCACUUUGUAGCAGGGGUGGAUGAGGGUGCGGGGGCUGCCCCCCACCCCUCCAUCCCCACUCCUCUGUCCCCAUCCCUCUGGCCAGCGCUGGGCUGACAGCAUAAGUGGGUUUUGCUCCAGGGGACAGGCACACAGGGACACUGAUGGGGUAGGGAUGCAGCCACGCACCUUGGGGACCCGAUGGGGCCAUUGGCAGAGGCCAGACUCCACCCCUGAGAGCAUCAGGGACAGUCAGAAGCCUCUCUGAGGAGCAUCAGACCCAGCAACUGGAUCUAGCGAGCUCUGGAGCUGUUUGGGCCAGCUGGGGAGGGGGAAGGCUGAGCCCCCCUUUGCCCUACCUGGUUUUGUCACGCCGAUGUGAUAGCAAAGGCCGCCUCCUCCUCGCAGGAGGAAACUGCGUUUCAGAGCUGUGUUAGGACAGAGAUGUUCAUGCAGUGAAAGCAAUGUCCCGCAGCAGCUGCGGGGUGCAUGCAGGGAGCAGGUCCCCACCGCCCGUCCCUGUGGCUGGCACCCUGCGGUAUAUCCCGUAGGCUCAAGAGUUCCCAAAUUUCUCCCUGGGAACCUGGGGCUGGGUGUUUGAUGGUAGGUGACAUCUCCAAACUGCCAUCCCAUGGGAUGGGAGCUGCUAACAGCAGGGAAGGCUGGAGGGGCUGGGGCUGCCUUGCACCCCGUCUAGGAACGUGCUGCAUCCCCCCGUGGGGACGUGCUGCCCAGUGCCAUGGUGGGGCAACCCGCGGGCUUGAAUGUCCCGGCCCUGAGGAGCCAGCAGCACCGUGCCGGGCACAGGGAGAGCUUUGGGGGUUCACAGUCACGCUGAGCUGAGAAAAGCAGGGGGGCUGCGGGAGGCCGGCUGUUCCCUAACCCUCCAGCAUGGGCAGGGGAGGGAAAAGCAGGCUGAUGCUCCAGGGGUGGCUCAUCUACCAAAGCCCAACCUUCCUCCCGGUUUCAAAGUGAACAACGAGAGCUUUCCAGGUCUGGCCAGGCACCACAGCAUGGGGCUGCGACGGUGCUUGUGGCAGAACAGGCAGGUCCUUGCUCAGGAGGGUCCUGGGAGGUGACCAGGAGGGUUUUCUGGCUGCUCUGAGCUGUGUGUCCUCAAGGCCAGGUGACCCCACGGGGUGGCUGCAGACCGGGGUGGCUGCAUGCAGGCGCCUGCCACUCGCUCGGAGGGGCUGCGGCUGCCGGCAAGCACGAGGCAAUAGAGAGGAGCCGGGAAGAACUGCGGCUGAGCAGCAUGCUGCUGCCAUGGUGCGAGCAAAGAAAUGAGCAUCCUCUGCCAUGGCACAGGACAGACAGGAUUUUGGCGUGGGUGACACCAGCGCCAUCCUCGGCCACCCAGAAGGGACGAGGGGCGGGCAGGAGCCUCCGGUGCCAGCAGCGUGGGGUGAAAGGCAACAGCCCCUUGUCUCACGGGGCAGCCCCUUGUUCCAGCGAUCCACCCAUCAGGGAGUUAAGGAAGGAAACCAGAUUGCUGCUUACGACUUUGCUUUGAGCAUGUUUUGGAUUUUAAGAGUAUGUUUA